GUGGCACAACGCCUUCGUCCUCGCCCUCGCUGUGUACGUGUCGCCCGUUAUGCCGUCUGUGAAGCUGCGGAAUGCUUGGGUGCUGUCGGAAACGUGCUGGCGCUGCCAUCGAGCAUGCCUUGCUCCGUGCCCUGGGCGACGGUCCCGUAAGUAUUUGGGAGAGAGGGCCCUUGUUCGGCUGCCCAUGACACCCUAGCCGUCGUGCUGUCGACCUGCGUUGUCCCUGUGGCCUGCUCUGUCGACGUGCUCUGUCCUUGGUGACCGUAGUUGAACCAUGCUAGCGGACGUUGUACCAUUCUUCAUUCUUGUGGUGUUUGUGCUCCUGCUCUUGGGAUCCCUCUCCGUGCCCAUAAUCAAGGCUAUAUUCCCCCUCCAUCUAGUUGGGCACGCGACCUCCUCAUUCCAUACGGCAACUGGUAGUGUUUGGUUCGGCGUAUGGGGCUACUGUAUUUCACCAGUCGACGUCUCCUUGGCUACGACCCAUUCUAACGGAGAUCGCGCAAUAUCUUAUCUGCUUCGGGCCAUCAUCGCAGCUAUGGGCUUCGCGUUCCUUGCCCUGGUCUCGUCGCUCUUCAUGGUCCAUCGGCGGCCCGGCAGCGGCCUCUCGCGCAGCACAUCGCUCGUUACACUCGUCUCGGGCAUUCUGGCCGCGCUGCUCACUACCGUGGUCUUCCUCGUCGAUGUCAUCUUGGCCGCGGUAGUGCGCCGUCGCGUGGGCAGCGAGUCUGACGGGGCGCUUACGCUAAACUGGGGAAAUGCCGUGUGGAUGGCUCUGGGUUCGUCAAAUGCUCUCUGGAUAGCUCUGGUUGGUGUCUCCGCAAACGUCUGCUGUGGGCGGCGAUACAGGUACGACAGCUGGCAGCUUUCUCGGCCCAUCCGCUGA